AUGAUUUUUGUCAGCAAACUAUUGUUGAUUCAUCAAUGUUUAUGUACCAAAAAAAGUAUUAAAGAGGGUGAUGACGGUUCAGAAUACGUGUACACAGAGGAAGAACUUAAGUAUGAUGUUGAACACUUACUGGAUGGACCUAAGCAAGAAUCGGACAAAAAAUGUGCCCGCAUUGUGAAAUAUCUCAAGGAGCUAAACAAUCAAACACUCGGUAAGGAUCUAAAAAGAUGCAACAGGUACAUGAACAGGCAAAUCUUUUAUCACGAGUAUUCAAAGGCAAUACAAUUUAUCUACGAAGCAGAGAAGUUCAGCUUAUACUUUUCUGCUCAACAGGAAGAUAAUGCAGAGCCAAUGGGAGGAUUGAAGGUUUUGAUUGACAAGAAGAAGAUUAAGAGGAUGAAAGGUAUUUUUAAAAAACUCGACCGUGUAUAUUUGACAGUUAUUGUUCGUAGUUCCUCAAAAAAUUUGUAUGAUGCCAAUCUCGGUGAUAAAAUGCCGCAAUUUGAUUUCAUUACCGAUUUAUAUCUUCUAAACCUGACGCAUCUACAUGCACAUCGGAACGGUGAAUCUUGUAAAACAGUGCAAGACUUCAUUAGUCUCAAAAAGGUUCGUAAAUUACGAACACUUAAAGUGAAGCAUAUGUUAGUUAUGGAUGAAUUUUUAGAGAAAGUGAGUAGCAUGAAACUGGAAAGUCUAAGUUUUACUGAAUGUGUUUUUCUCACUUAUAAAGCUGUGCAACAAUGGGAAGAAAUUAAGGUGACUUUUGCAAAGUCAUAUAAGACUAUCUGCUUCAGUAAGUGCAAGAGGUAUGUGGAAUACUUAUCAUCUUAUGCUUUAGGUCGAAAGUACUCUAUGGCGAUCAAAAUCAAUCUAAAUAAAUGCACAAAACUAUGCAAUCUGACGGUAAACAUGGAUGACUGUGCGAGUGUUAUACUCAGUAAACAAAUAGUAAGUGGUCUACGGUAUUUAUCAUUAGGCGAGAACUAUUGUGGACUACCGCUUUCGUCUUCUAAGUGUCAGGGUGCUCGACUAGAAUUUUUAACAAUUGACACAAGAGAUCUAGAGCUCGCUGUCAAUUUUCUAAAGGAAAUUAACCGAAAUGAACUCAAGCAUUUAGUAUUGAUUUGUUAUGUUUGUGAUGUUUCCAAUUUAUUUAACCUAAAAUUUGCCGCUCUUGAAGUUUUAGAAAUUGAUGCUGGCGGUAAUAAUUUGGAGUUGAAGGAUAAAAGCACAAUUGAAGUAAAAAUGAAAAAGUUGGAAACACUGAGAAUAAAUUGCUGGCGUGUAGAUAAAGAACUCAUGCAGAUGAUAACUGAACUGGAAACGUUGAAACAUCUUGAAAUGCUUGUAAGAAGUUGGAAUGUCAAGUAUGAACUUGUAUUGAGGCAACUAAGCAGUUUAAAGGGACCAAUAGAAAAACUUUUUGUUAAUUCUAGGCUGACCAUUAGUGAAUUGGUAAGGUUGAUAGAACCUUUGAACGAGCUGAAAGAAUUUUACAUAGACGGUAGAUCCAUAUUUCUAUUAUCUGAUAGCCCCGCCAAUCGAAAUGAUGACAAAUUCCGAUCUGUGAAAGUUGAUUCAAACAAACAGAAUUUGGUGAAGAGCAGGAAUGUGGUGCAUCUAAAACUCCACACUCUCCAUAUAGGCUUAGAUUCAGCUUAUAAAGAACUAAUCCAACUUAUGUUAUGUCAAGAUUUUGAAGCUUUCGCAGGUAUUAAGAAACUGGUGAUAUUUGAAGCACCAAUAGAUUCUUGGACAAGAUUAGAAAGAAUUCAGAAGUUAUCAGAAAUUUCGCCAGAUCUGCUAAAUAGCUUGAUCAAAAAUAUUUUUGAAACUUUCAAACAGCUUGAUGUACUGAUUAUCUGUUAUAAGAGUUCUUGCAUUUCUGUAGAAGAAGCGCAUAUUCUUCGUAAGCUUUUUUCUGAGAAGUGCAGAUCUCUUAAGGAACGAUGCGAGUGGUCAGAUGAGUGCGAUGAAGAACAAACAAUUUUCGAGCUUCAUAAGUAA